CGACGUUAACUCAUGGCAUACACACACGGCAGCGGCAAGUCCGACCCACACACAGACAGAGACACACACACGAUAUACAUAUACACGGACACGCUCACGCUUACGCACACGCAAACGCACACGCGCACACACAGGCGCAGGCAAAAAGAGUUUGUGUUUGGAAAUUGAAGCGCCAAGUGCCAGUGGCCUAGAAAUAAUGUGUGAAAAUAAAAGUUGAAAUUAAUAAAUAAGAAAAUUCCAUGUGCAGCGCUGUCGAUGAAAAGUGCAAGUGAAAAGUGCCUAAAGCAGAACCACACACACACACAACCAUUGCUGAACACACACACACGCAAACACAGUGAGACCCACACAAAGAAAACAUCAUAUGCCAGAGGCAGGCUGUCGCUUGGCAGGCACAUUGACAGCAACAGCAACAUAAAGGCAGCAGGAGCAGCAGGAGCAGCAAAAAGCAUUUUGUGUAUCCUAUUUUGUGUGUGAGCGAGCGCGUGUCCAAGUCCGUGUCCGUGUCCUUUGCCACUGCCACAGCAGUAGCGACAAGAAAAGCAGCUAACGGCAGUAGCAGCAGCAGCAGUAGCAACAACAACAACAACAACAGCAACAAAAACAACAGCAGCAACAAUAAGGGCAACAGCCAACCGUCGCACAGCAAUUACGGCGUGUAGUUGCUAUAAUGAUAGAUUUCAAAACAAAAUUGAGCAAAUUAUCGUAUAAAACGUGCCCCGGUUGGAAAAUCUAAAAAUAACACAACGCCAAUUCCGAGCCGAAGUCGAAGUCGAAGUGGAAGUGGAAGUGGAAGUCAAAGUCGAAGCCAAAAACCAAGUGCCGUCUGCCCAACUGACUUUAAAUUAUGCAUGCACAUUGAUUUUCUGAGGCGUCGCCGUCGUCGAUGUCGUUUUCGUCUUUACUUUCCUAUUCAUUGUCGUUAACAACAACAACAACAAAAACAACAACAACAACAGCAGCAACAACAUCUACAUCAGCAACAUCAACAUCAACAGCAACAACAGCAACAGGAACAGAGCCUGCCUAUAUAUUGGCAAUCUCGUAAAGUCAUUUCUCGUCCUGCGUUCAGCCCGCAUCGCAUGUUAUCAACGGAACUGACGUCGACGGCGUUGUGGAAUGCGAAUUAUCAGCGCACCAACGGCCUAACAAAAGAUGAGGCUUGCCUGUCGACGACAUAUGAAAAUUGCAGAACAGAAACAGCGACAACAGCAGCAGCAGCAGCAGCAGCAACAUCAGCCGCAGCAAUGACCAAACAAUUGACAACAACAACGGCGACAAAUGCAGCGUCUAGCAUCACACAAACGGCUAAUUUGGCGCCCACGGUGAUAUCUCCCACAACACCAGGCGCGACAACAACAGCAACUGCAACAACAACAGCAGCGGCAACGGCAACAACAGACGUAGCAGCGCCAGCUGCAGCAGAGACAAUAAAGACGCAGACGCAGUGCAGAACAAAGGCCUCCUCAGCAGCAUCAGCAGCAUCAACAGCAUCAGCAGCAUCAGCAUCGGCGACUGCAACAAAAACAACUUCAUCAACAGCAUCAAGUGAUGCCAGCGGCCGUUCGGCGGCUCUGGAACGUGCCUACGUCCAUGAUGUGUAUGAGCACUGCGAGGAGCCGACGAGGCCGGCGCGACCGCGAGUGGCACAGUUUCUGGGGAACCUGGAGCCGGGCUCGGUGGUCUGCGACGUGGGUUGCGGCAGUGGGCGUUACCUGACCCAAUGCAAUCCCGCCAUAUGCACCAUUGGCGUCGAUCGCUGCUAUCGCCUCAGCAAGGUGGCGCACGAGAAGGGAGGCGAGGUGGCGCUGUGUGACAAUCUGGAGCUGCCGUUUCGCGAUGAUAGCUUCGAUGCGGUGCUCUCGCUGGCCGUAGUGCAUCACUUUGCCACCACGGAACGUCGCGUCAGAGCGCUGAGGGAACUGGCCCGCAUUCUGCGCGUAGGCGGCCGUGUGGUAAUCACUGUGUGGGCGCUGGAGCAGCGCCAUCGACGCUUCGAGUCGCAGGAUGUGCUGAUACCCUGGCAGCCGCCCAAGAAUCGCACCUACUCCUACUCGUACUCCGACGAGGAGGAGGACGGAGACUUUCUGCCGCCCUAUCAUGCAUACACGGAGGACUCGACCAAUUCCAGUCGCUCGGCCGGCGAUGGCGACAGCUCAAGCCUCAGCUCAUCCUCGCCCGGCGAGUCCUGCUACAGCUUUGUGCGCCGUGCCAUACAAAAAUUGGCUGGCGGACGUCGUCAUGCUUGGUUCCUGGACUCCUGGACCUCCAAGGACACCAAGAACGACAGCAGCCUGGACUACGAGGAUGCCAAGGAUCUGCCCAUCGAGCUGCGUCGCCUCGAAGACUUUGAGGACUUCCCCGAUCCGCCGCUCUCCGCGGGCCUCAAGUCACGCAGCUUGGGCAGCAUCCUGCAGCCGCCGCCGCGCCAAAUCGUGCGCUCGCGCUCCAGCGUGCCCAGUCUGGGCGGUCCCCUGGUGCCCGUCGAGACGAAAGCCAGCGCCGCAGCCGCCCUGCUGCUCAGCGCGCCCGAUGCCCAACUGCCGCUCAACGGCCGGCACUCGCCCACGAGCACCGCCAGCGCGGGCAGCACGCUGAGCCGCCGGCCCAAGCUGAUCAAGCAGAAGCAGUCGCUGUGCGAGGACGACAUCAUGCAGCUGGCAGACGUAGCGCCGGACGCUGAGGCAGCGUUCCACAUGGUCAGCAGUUACAAUGGCGCCAAUGGAGCUGUCACCAGCAGCCUCUGCGCGCGCUCUGGCGCCAAUCCAGCGCCAGUCAGCUGUCAACAGCCCAGCAGCUCCGCCUCGGCGACGGCAGCAGCAGCGCCCACAACAGCUGCUGGAGCGGCGCCCAGCUUCCUGCGCAAGCAGAGCUCCCUGAACGAAGAGCUGAUGGCGGGCAAUCGACUGCGCGAGAAGGAGCGGGUGCGCAAGCGCAUACAGAAGCAGACCUCGCUGAACGAGGCCUUCCUCUGCCGCUCGGCGUUGUUCUCCAAGCGGCUGCAGGUCAUCCGGGAGGGAUUCACCACCAAGAUCAAGAGCUCGACGGGCAGCUUGGAGCGCGUGACCAAGACGGGCAUCACGAAGCUCAUUCAGAACAUCAAAAUCUCGCCCGCCAGCCAGACGGCGGCUAACCCGCCUGGUAAUCCCCAGCAGGCGAACAAUAACAACAAGCAGCCUACGACGCCAGCUGCGCAGACCCUGCAGCAGCAGCAGCAGCAUCAGCACCACCACCACCACCAUCAUCAUCAUCACACGAGCAACGCGGGCAGCCUGUUCCCGGCCCACCUGCUGCUGUCGACGGCGACCACUGGCCCAGUCAGCUACUGCAGCGUCGUGGACUGCAGCGCGCCCAACAUCUGCCACUGCAGCGCCUAUCAGCAGGACUGCGUGGCCUGUGUGGCCUGCGCCGAGAGCGAGCAGGGCAACGCGCGCCGGCACUCGCGCGAGUCCGGCUCCGACUCGUCCAAGGACAGCAGCCUGCAGUCGGACACGAGCAUUGAGUCCGAGGACAGCUUCGCCUCGGUCAUUUUCAUACCCAAGCCGGAGCAGCAUCAGCAGCAGCUCAACUACCAGCAGCAGCAUCAGAACUCCAACUCAAGCUCCAGCAACUCGAGCUCCAGCAAUGGAGCCCAGGCGGCCUUGGCUGCGGCGUCCAAUCCCAACGCAGCCGCCCAGCCCAGCUGUCUGGCGCGUCUGCCGCCCACACAUUCCGUGCCAACAUCGCCGCUUGUGAUGCCCUGCCCGCCGACUCCUGCCCACUCGCCAGCCGCCAUUCAGGGCGCGGUCACCUCGCCGCCCCAGUCGACGGCGGCCGUGACGGCAGCGAUGGCCAUCUUGACGCCCGUCGGCAGGCCAAACCAAGCGCGCUUCAAUUUUGACGAGGCGCACAUCAAGCAGCAACAACAGGAGCAACCGCAGCAGCAGCAGCAACAGCAGCAGCAACCGCAGCCGCAGCAGCCGCAGCAGCCGCAGCAGCAGCAACAGCAGCAGCAGCAGCAGCCGCAACAGCCACCGAUCCCCAAGAUCACGAGACAAGCGAUACGUGAAAUGCCGCCCAUACCCAAGUUCCGCAAGCAGCAAUCGCUGCAGCUGCAGCGCCAGAACUUUCCCAUCGUGCGACGGGCGUCCGGCUCGGGCGCGGCCGGCAGCAGCAGCAGCGCCAGCAAGCUGCUCUCGCUGGAGCUGUUCAAUCCGGCCACCGAUGAUCUGGACAGCGACUCCAGUGAGCCGUCCUCGCCGGACUCCAUUGACAGUGUGAUCAGCGCGCCACGCUCCGCCCAGCUGCUCUCGGCCCCGAGCACUGGCACCGGUAAGUCCAGCGACGAGUCGGAGCCGGCGCUGGUGCAGCUCAUCACGAUCAACCAGGAGCAGUACCACAAGGGCGAGCUGCAGAUCAACAGUGCCACGCCCAACGAAAACGACAUCAUACUCAAUGCGGACAGCGCUCCGCUGCUGCCCAAGAAGCGCGAGGCUGGCCAGGCACAGGCCCAGCAGCCGCACGACUGCGCCGAGUUCGCGGAGCAGCUGUCGGCGCAGCUGCAGCGCGAGCUGGACGACAAGAGCAAUGGAGCAGAGUGUCGCAGCUUGGAUAGCAUCGGCGACAUUGGGGAGUACUUGAGCGGCGCCGGCAGUGCGGGUGGCGGCAGCUCGAGCAGCGGCUCCAAGAAGCGUUCCAAUGGCGAUCUGAGCGCACUGCGGGACGAGCUGCGCGAGCGACGUCUGAUGCUGGCCAAUCUGUCGACCCAGCCCAGUCUGCAGCAGUCGCCCAUAUCGUCGUCCACCUCCUCGCUUUCCUCCCAAACGCGCAGCUUCACCAUACACGAGGAGCAGGAGGGCGAGGAGGAGGAUGAGGAGAACGAACGCAGCUACACGCUGGGCAUCUACGAGCACUGCAAGAUCUCCAAGUUCAACUACAAGCGCCAUCGCCACUAUAAUCUCAACCCGGAGACGGCCUACCUGCUCCAGGAGGAUGGUGACAGCGACGUCCGCGACGACGAAUAUCCCAUACCGGAGGAGGAUGAGGAUGCCGAGGCGCUGGAGGCACGCGGCGGCGACCAGCUGGGCGAGGGCAUGCACGAGUACGGGCAGCGCAGGCGCAACUUCAGUGCCAUCAAAUCGGUGACCUCCAGUGCGUCCAGCUCCACGGAAACACCACCUGCGCAGCAGCCCACACAGCAGCAGGCGCUGCAGCAGCGCACCUCUGCCGACUCGCUGGAGCACUCGAACAGCUCAAACACCUCGCUAGACAGCCCCUCCCAGGGUGGCUCCACCACCCAUCAUCGCUACUACCACGUGUUCCGCGAGGGCGAGCUGGACGCCCUGAUCAAUCACCAUGUGGCCAGUCUGCAUAUUGUGAGCUCCUACUACGAGCGGGCCAGCUGGUGCGUUGUGGCCGAGAAGGUGCAGGUGUGGACGAUCUAAGUUAGUAAUCUAAGAGUAAAAUAAUAAUAAUAAUAUUAAUUAAAAAAAAAAAAAAAGCUAAAAUAAUCUAUUUAUAAACAACAAGUGUAAUUGGAAAACCCAAAAAGUCUCUGAAGCCCCCAAAGGAAUUGUUAAAUUUAGUCUUUAUUCAUAGUUGAGAGAACGCAAAAUUCUAGCACUAAAUUUUAAGUAUUCGUAACGACUCUUGCUUAGGGCUGCCAGGCCUGCUCAACGGCAGGGCUGCCGCACUGCAUUGAAAUUGAAUUUCAAGUAAACCGUUUAGUUCUUAAGCCAAAAUCGAAAGAAACAAAAUCGAAACAACGCAAAUUACGAAUGGGAGAAAAAGUAUUGUAUCAAAACUAAACAAAUUCAACGAUAUAUAUAUACAAAGAUCACUUACAACGACUAUCGAAUUUCAUUUACCAUCACGACUUGGGAAUGUUUUCUAAAUACCAUUUGAUUUCACACAUCCAUACAUAUACGAAUAAUUACAGUUAUAGCGAAAAUCUAACUAGGAGUUACUUAAACCGCAAAUCAAUAGAGAAAAUGCAAAAACCAUAUCUAAGCAUCUAUAUAUAUACCAAGGCUUUAUACACGAAACUUAAUGAAAAUAUUGUCGAAAAACUGAAAUCUAUCUAGCCACAUAUACACCUAUUAAAAUGCAAGUGAAAAUCAAUACGUAAGUUUUCUAAUAUCAAUAACUGCAUUUAACAAUACUCAAUGCAAAACUAAUCAAAAGGGAAAAGCAGCA